UAUUGUGGCCAAUGCAAACAUGACUCCUUGUAAAAAAGGUGUCAGUUUUGUUGCCAGAUAAAAGGGUAACACACCAAUUAUCAUGCCUCUGCUGGUUUGUACACGAUUACCAACCAACAAAGCCUUGGGUUUACUUGAUCACGGUAUUGCUCGACUUACCACAAUUGUACCUCGCACCGUCACCCGUGGGUGCAAGUCUUGGGGCUUCGCAAGCUGAUGAUUUCCAUCACCAGGUACGAUGUGCUGACCCCAAUAUCAGACGUUCAGUGCGAGGAUCCACAAGACUUGGCCCAACACAAAGGCAGGCAUCCAACCUCACAACCUGCAGCAUCCAACAGAAGGAAGGAAUUAAUAGCCAAGUGUGUGGUGGCAUUGUUACCACAGGCCGUGGUGACCUCGACCUCCACCAACAAAGAGUGUUUGCGUGUGAACGGUGGACAUGAAUGAGAGCGGUGGACGUGUACAACAGCUGAUGUGUACGUUUGUAAAUGUCAUCAGCUGGAGAGGACGUUAGCUUGAGAUCCGUGUAGAGUCUGGGAGAGCGUGGCGCUCUGGAUGUCUCUCAUCCUGUGUGGGGAGAGUGGUUCGCUGUCGUCCGUUGCUUUGGACAGAAACGGCUUUGAUUGGGAAUGUGUCCAUUGGAUACAGUUCUGCUGAAUAUGCCAAUUCUAAAUGCAACAUUUCCUGUAAAAUAUAAACAUCUUUUCCUUGUACAGCAAUAGGCGGAUUUGAUAGUGUGAAAUAUAUAUAUAACGUUCUCUUUCAUACGCACACGUAUUUCUCUUUUAAAUUGCAUUCUGCGAUUCGUCAGAUUCCAAUGCUAUAUAUAGCCAAGCUUAGGAUAAUCUGGAUAGUAGAGAGUGGCGCACACUGUAAUAAACUGAGGCUGAGCAGCAGAUCAUCAUCAUCAUCACCACAAUGGACAUUGAACAACGGCAACGAUGAGGGUCGUGUGAAGUAUCCAGCCUUCCUACGAUCGUAGCAACAGCAGCACCGUGCUGGCUUCAUCACUGGACGAGAGACAAAGGCGGCCAUGGGAGAGUGGACGAUUCUGGAGCGACUGCUCGCUGCAGCCGUUCACCAGCACGCGACGAUGAUAGGGCGGAUCCUGCUGACCGUGGUGGUCAUUUUCCGCAUCUUGAUCGUGGCCAUUGUCGGAGAAACCGUCUACGGUGACGAGCAGACCAUGUUCGUGUGUAACACUCUGCAGCCUGGCUGCAACCAGGUCUGCUACGACAAAACCUUCCCCAUCUCCCACCUCCGCUACUGGGUGUUUCAAAUAAUAAUGGUCUGCACGCCGAGCCUCUGCUUCAUCACCUACUCGGUGCACCAGUCCACCAAGCAGUGGGACCGAUUCUCGAUCCUCAACCUGCCCCUUGGCGAUGCGCACGAGAGGCGCGUCUCCUCCACGCUGCAUCCGCCACUGUCGGAGGCGCGGGAGCGCGGCGGGUUCCCGGUCCUGCACCAGACCCUGGACAGGCAGGAGCCUCGGGGUGGGCAGCCCUUCUCCGUGCUUCACCCUCCCACCCUCGGCGAGGCCGAGCGGCGCUAUCGACCCAAGAAACGCGACUGCAGCAGGACGUUCAGAACGAGGAUGAGGGCCGUCUUCGGCUGUCACUCGGAGAGCCGUGGACACGGAGGAGGCGACGAUGGUGGUGGUGGUGGCCUGUCGCGGGAAACGAAACCUUCGUCGGUCGCCACGAGGGAGAGAUACGGCAGAUUCCACACACAGGAGAGCAUCUCUCGCUUUUACAUCCUGCAGGUUGUCCUGCGCAACGUGUUGGAAAUCGUAUUUCUUAUCGGGCAGUACUUCUUGUACGGCCUCUACGUACCGUCCAUGGUGGCGUGCGAGCGUCACCCAUGCAUCAGGCAGGUGGAGUGCUACGUGUCUCGGCCCACCGAGAAGACGGUCUUUCUGCUCUUCAUGUUCGGCGUCAGCGGCUUGUGCUUGGUGCUCAACCUCGCAGAGCUCAACCACCUGGGCUGGCGGAAAAUCAAGGGAGCCAUGCAGGGUGUCCGGACUCGCAAGACGUCGUUUUGGGAGAUUCGACACAAGGACUUUGAGCAUGCAAUACGAACGCCUCGCUUCAGUCGCACGCACUCGAGCGAAUCUGCCUACGUCUGAUUUCACAAAGCUCAGAAUGUCUCACCCGAAGUCAGAUUUCCCUUUGCGUAAUUGCCCUGGCACGAACCCACUGCAUGCUUCUGUGGGGGAUGUCGCCCCCCUUCUCCUCUCCCCCCUCCUCCUCCGCCCCUUCUCGCCAGGCUGCCGCCGAUCAGGUGAUCGGCCUCCCCGCACCAGCGUCCUCUCUGUGGGACAUGGGUAGCGGCUGGCUUCCCACCACCUCGGGUUAUCCCACACACUCCUCGUGUAAACCACCGCUAAUGCGGAGAUGGCUGCGUGCUCGCGCGUACCCGUGCAGGUUGCUCACCACGGCUCGCGCUAAAAACAGCGCGGCUGCUGCGCUCACGCGGGCGCAGUCAAUGGAUUACUGCCCACGCAGCCUCACACACGCUCGAAUUACGCACCACGCCGACACCCUUAAUGCGAUCGUCGCUACGUAAACAUACUGCGUAAAACGUGCUAUGUAAACACGCACGCGAACGUUUAUGAUUGAAUACACGCGCGCUUCACACGUACGCACGUACUCACACCACACCUACGCUCUCCCAACACGCGGCGUCGGUGUUCUGUGCUAAAGUUUAUUAAUGGCGCGCCUGAAGAAAAACCUUGAGUGGCCCGGAGAAAAAUUCUCAGCGAGCAGCGCCCAAUCUUUCCUAUUCAAUCCCUGGGUGGAACCUUACUCUGCUUCUCACCUCGCAGAUAUACUCACAGUGUCUCAUGGUCCCUGCCUGGGGGCUAGUUGUAGCUGCACUCGCCAGGAUCCCCCGGACACUGCGAGCGGCUGGGAGUCCGACCGGGUCGCUGGCCGGCUGAAGGAGAACUGACUAACGUUUUUUCCCUUCCCUCCCUUUGUCUCCUCCGAAUCCAAAAAUCCAUGGUCACGUGGUGUUCCCUGCGCGGCCAAUCGGACGCCUACUUUUCAAUUGUCAACCGAUGCCCCGCCCCUACCUGGCGUGUGGCUCUCCCUUGCACCCUAAUCCAUUGUCUACGCGCCCGUCUACCCCUCUCGGCUUGCUCGCUGAAAGCCUUGUUCCCCCAAGGCCCCGUCCCCCUGUGCUGGGUGUGUUCUCACUGCGGUUUGCUCGGUGAGCUCGUCGUGCCCAUACAAUUUUAAGCUCAUUCACGGGGCCAAAGCGCAAUUCGGCCUGGGGGGUGGGGGGUCGGCCAAUCUCUCCUGGCACUGGGAAACCGUGGAACGUCCCCACGAGGGGCCCCUCGGGUACAAACCCAGGGUACCAGGUGACCCUCCCAUGAGACCCUACGUGGGUGUAUGUGUGUGUUUAGAGGGGGUGUGCGUGCGUUCGUGUGGGGGGGGGUGCGAGGGGAUAGCAGCGCUGGCAGAGUUGCUCCGUUGCUGUGACACCACACUUCUCCUGAGCGUACACCAAAGCUUUGCCCAUCACGGGUUUUCUCAUUGCGAAUUUUACCAUUUGCCGCCAUAUUUGCCGACGUUCCAGCUCGCCGAUCACGUGUACCGCCCCCCCCCCUGCCCCGUGGCUUGACAAUCCACGGCUGACCGCGAGAUGCCCGUGAGCAUCGUAACGAAGUCGCUCUCACUCGAACUGCUUCGUGGUGAUGCUGCCCCGGAAGACUCCACGCGCCACCUCUCGUCUCCCAUGACGCAGCACAUCGCGGGCCUCCCCUUGUCUCCCAUGACGUUCUUGUGGGGGCCGACGCCCGCCUCCCCGCUCCUUAUGAGCGGGCGGGGCGCGACGUCCACCCCCUCUACUCCCCCCUCCUCCUCGUCGGCCGCCUGUCACCGGGCCCCCGCCGAUCAGGUGAUUGCCCCCCCCCCGCGCCAGCGCCCUCUCUGAGC